UCCUGCUCUGUUUACAGGUUCCUCCGCCGUGGGUCCCCAGGUGCCGCCAAUAUCUUGGUAUCCGGAAAGCCCCGUCCAUCCCUGGUAUCACCGGGUGCCCCUUAGUAACCUUGGGGUCUCAACGGAACAAAUCAGGCCGUGCGGACACCCAGGGAAGAGACAGCAGGCUGUGGAGUGGAACUUGGAAGAGACAAGAAGCCUUUUCGGAGCCUCGGAAGCUGCGCCAGGUCAGCCAAGGACCCCCAGCUUGGGGGCCCCUUGCACGCAGCAUGUGGCUGCCACGCAUCUCCAGCACUACGGUGACCGCGCUCCUGCUGGCGCAGACCGGCCUCCUGCUCUUCCUGGUCUCCCGGCCCAGGCUGACACCCCCAGCAGAUGGCGAGGAACGGGUGCAUGUGCUGGUGCUGUCUUCAUGGCGUUCCGGCUCAUCUUUCGUGGGCCAGCUCUUCAGCCAGCACCCCGAUGUCUUCUACCUGAUGGAGCCCGCGUGGCACGUGUGGUCCGCCCUGUCGCAGGGCAGCGCGCCGGCGCUGCACAUGGCCGUGCGUGACCUGGUGCGGUCCGUCUUCUUGUGUGACAUGGAUGCCGCCACCCGCCAGCCACCGCCCUUCUUGCGUGGCCGCUACCGCCUGGUGCGCUUCGAGGACCUGGCGCGAGCACCGCUGCCCGAGAUCCGUGCACUGUACGCCUUCGCGGGCCUUAGCCUCACGCCGCAGCUGGAGGCCUGGAUCCACAACAUCACGCACGGGUCCGGGCCUGGCGCGCGCCGCGAAGCUUUCAAGACCACGUCCAGGGACGCACUCAACGUCUCGCAGGCCUGGCGCCACGCGCUGCCCUUCACCAAGAUCCGCCGGGUGCAGGAGCUGUGUGCCGGCGCGCUGCAGCUGCUGGGAUACCGACCCGUGUUUUCCGAGGAAGAGCAGCGUGACCUGGCCCUGGACCUGGUGCUACCGCGCGGCCCGGGCAGCUUCAGCUGGGCAUCGUCCACCAAUGCGCACCCUGGGCCUUAGUG